AUGACUCCGUCCACUGAUUUGGGAGAAGGAAAAGUGAUUGCCAAGGGCAAUAGCUUUCGUAGCCGACCAAGGACAUUUCCAUAUAUUUCAGCUUUACCUUAUGAGUGUGAGACACAAGAAGAACGAUUAGAACAUCUGGAUCAUAUCAUUGCCAACUUAUAUAUUGCCAUCAAGGGUGAUGAUCUGAAAGGGAUAAUUGGAAAUAGUACUGGGCCAGCUGUGUAUCAUUGGACUAAAGAACUCAGAUCUUGGAUUAGUCUUAAGUUUGACAUGCCACUGGAAACGCGAAUCAAGCUCAUCAAACUGUAUUACUCGCUCGCUCUAGCAGGAACAGAUGGAGCAGCAAUGGAGAAGUUCAUCAACAUGUUUUGCUUACUAUGUAAAGAUGAUCUAUUUCAAGAUACAGUUAAGCCACAGGAUCUAGAUCUGGAUUGGCGUACGCUUGUGGUGGUGAUGAGGAAAUUGGCAUUUCCACAGCAGUCGAGUUAUGAAGGCAGCAUUUCCAAGUCAUUUUCUGCAUUAUCCAGGCUGGCCCAGGUGGCUCGUCACUUGAUCAAGCCCGAGCUAACAUUACAAAUUCUGGAGGAGAUCCUGCCACACGUAAGUUUGCCAUGUCAGAAUGAUUUUGGCUGCUCUUCAAAUCUCUCCCCUCCCCACGCCCGACUCGAGCGAAGCGAGAGGAGCAGGGGGGUCUGGGGCGGAGCCCCAGCCGCCGGAGGCAUUGCGGACCAAGAACUAACAAAAGAAGUAUGCCGUUUCGAAGGCAAGUGUAUCCCACAAUGUUAUGAGUUUGCUGAUUCUGCUUACGCCUGCUGUGCCAGCAGAGGGAGAUGA